AGAAGAAGAAGAACAUUGAAGCCACGCAAGGCACUUAUUACGCUAUCCCCGAAUGCUCUUGCCCACCUCAAAGGUCUCCUGAACCAGCCGACUCCUCAGAUGAUUCGUAUUGGAGUGAAGAACAGGGGCUGUUCUGGCUUGACAUAUAACCUUGAAUAUAUCGAACAGCCACAGAAGUUUGACGAGGUUGUCGAACAAGACGGGGUUAAAGUUGUCAUUGAUUCAAAGGCCCUCUUCUCGAUCGUUGGUUCCGAGAUGGAUUGGAUCGAUGACAAGUUGAGUUCAAGAUUUGUCUUCAAGAAUCCAAACUCUAAGGGAACAUGUGGUUGUGGUGAAUCCUUCAUGGUA